UCCGGUUUACACUCUGUACUGGGUGGGGGAUUUAGGGUUUCUGUCGAUUCAAGUCUCAGGAAGAAGGAGAAGAAGGUCGAGCUCAGAAGAAGAUGUCGUCGACACUCCUCGAGCAAACUCGCUCCAAUCAUGAGGAGAUCGAAAGACUGGAGCGAAUCAUCGUCCAAGAUCUGCAAACCGAGCCGUCGUCGAGCAAGGAUAGAUUGGUACAGGGCCACCGCGUCCGCAACAUGAUCCAAUCCAUCAUGCGCACCACGGAGAAGCUCGUUGAGACCUAUGAAGAUAAGGAUGGGGCUAGGGAAGAUGAGAUUGCAGCGCUUGGUGGCCACACUGCAACAGGGAUCAACGUGUAUAGUGCAUUUUAUGAUCGUUUGAAAGAGAUACGUGAGUAUCAUAGAAAGUACCCUUCUGGACCUCUUGUUGAUGCCAGUGCUGACUAUGAAGCACUUCUGAAGGUGGAACCUGUUAUUUCGUUCAGUGGAGAGGAAGGCGCGGGUCGGUACUUGGACUUGCAUGAUCUGUAUAACCAGUACAUUAACUCCAAAUUUGGGGAAAGGGUUGAGUAUUCUGUUUACCUUGAUGUCUUUUCUCAACCAGAGAAAAUAUCGCGUAAACUGAAGUUUUCAAGGCAAUACAAGAAGUAUAUGGAAGCUCUGCUAGAGUACUUGGUCAACUUUUUCCAGCGAACGGAGCCGUUGCAGGACCUUGACAAAAUGCUUUCCAAGGUUGAGACUGAUUUUGAAGAGCAAUUUGCAGAUGGAAAAGUAGUAGGAUGGGAGAACCAUGGCCAAGAGAAUGAACCACAGCCACAGCAUUCUGUCAUUGAUCUUGAUUACUACACCACAGCCGAGGAGUUGAUAGAAGUGGGACCUGAAAAGCUCAAGGAGGCGCUUGGGGCUCUGGGGCUGAAAGUUGGUGGUACUCUGCAGCAGCGUGCGGAGAGACUUUUCCUUACAAAGGAUACGCCUUUGGAGAAGCUGGAUAAGAAACAUUUUGCCAAACCCAUCGUGAAACAAAACGGAGAUGCCAAAUCAACGCAGGAGCCCGACAGUGGUAAACAGAUUGCACUAACAGAGGCCAAAGUGAAGAAACUCUGCAGUUUACUUGAUGAGACAAUCGAAAGGACGAAACAAAACAUUGUAAAGAAGCAGGCCUUGACGUAUGAGGAGAUGGAGGAAGAACGCGAGGGUGAGGAAGAACGUGCAGAAGAAGAAAGUGAUGACGAGGAAGGUGACUUUUACAAUCCGCUGAAGCUGCCAAUGGGUUGGGACGGGAAGCCUAUACCAUACUGGCUCUACAAGCUUCAUGGACUUGGCCAGAAAUUCGAAUGCGAGAUAUGUGGAAACAGUGUCUACAUGGGCAGAAGGGCUUUUGAAAGACAUUUUAAAGAGUUUCAACACCAACAUGGAAUGCGUUGCUUAGGGAUCCCAAACACAAAGAACUUCAACGAAAUCACUUCAAUUGAGGAAGCGAAAGAGUUGUGGAAGAAGAUACAGGAGAGGCAAGGGGUUAACAAAUGGAGGCCAGAACUUGAAGAAGAGUAUGAAGAUCGUGAAGGUAACAUCUACAACAAGAAGACUUACUCUGAUCUCCAACGUCAAGGUCUCAUCUGAUUAUUGAAUCACAUUCAGGAUUGUACUUGAUAACUUCUCUACUUGCUGUAUCACUUCAAACCUUUUUACUUUGUAAAAUCAAAACCAUUUGUCAUCUUUUUGUGAUGUAUUGUCUCUCUUUUAGUUUCGUUU